GUGGAUGACUUGCCAGAGAUCAGCAACGGCCUCGCCGGCUUCCAGAGGAUCGAUGCUUAUGCUAAGGAGCACCCUGCCGACCCUGCCAAGCCCAGCCAAGAGACGAUAUCCGCCAUGACCAAGCUGAUGGAUUCUACGGUGGCGAAAAUCAGUAAGCUUCGCUCGCUAGCCAAAGAGUUGCGCAAGAAGUACAAGGCGGAUGAUGAGACCAAGAAGCACACUUCUGGCUUGGAAGUGGAGAUCAAGAGCAUGGAGCAGCAGUACGACAAGUGCUGUGAGUUGAAGGCAAAGGCCGAAAACCAAAUGGACGAAGAGCUCUACAAGCAGAUGGAGAUCUGCAUCAAGGAGGUGACCAUUGUGCCUACGACUCAGGUGCUCGCGAUCCUCAGCCACGGAGAUGAAAAUCAGGACUCUCUGGCUCCUUACCCUUGGCCCAAAGUAUCGGACGAGAAGCUGGUUGGGGAGGCCGAAAGCGCUUUCAAACAAACAGAAAUCUCCGAAUCUGAAAAGGUUCCCAAGUGCCCCGAGCUGGUCACGAACAAGGAAGCUGCGAGCAUCAAGAGCACCUGUAUGCCCAUUUUGAGGUCAAAGGCUUUACUUGGUCAUUUGCAGGAGUCGCCUGGGCUUUGUGAAAUGUACAAUCAAUGCACUGCCCUGGGGUGCAUUUCUUUUAAUGUUCCUUCUCCGAAUGCUAUCGCCGGGAAAGUACUGCAGCACUGUGUGAAAGAGAUUGACAUCACCAUUGCUACAAAGAAACCUUUGAUUUUCAAGGUGGGUUUUACCCACAACCCCGUCUGGCGAUGGUCGAACGACUUGUAUGGAUACAACCGUGCGCGAGACGGAUGGACUGACAUGACCGUGAUGUACAUAUCGGAUGAACAUUUCGGCCCGGCUAUGCUAGAAGCUGCUCUUAUUGACAAGUACAAUGGCCACUUGCAGAUCGGCGAUCCGUACGGCCCGCAACCUGGUUUCUGA